UUUAUAUAGGGAAUGUUCAAUUCGUCAUUAGAAGUAGCCAAGUUUGAGGGUGCAAACGUUCGAACUGUCAGUGGCAUAAGAGGUCAAGUGAAAAAGGCUAUCAAAGUAAGUAAAGAGUGUACAAUUUUAUAGUUCGGUCAAAUAUGCCCUGAAAUUACCAAAGCCGGGACAAGUCGAUUUUUAUCAAUGAAUUUCUAAUGUUUUACUAUUUAGGCGCCUGAUGGAGCGUUUCGAGCGACAUUCGAAGACAAGAUUUUAAUGAGCGGUAAGCAUGCAUGCAUGCAGUUUUUGUCUGAUCAUAUAGGCAGCCCAGCGGCUUGACUGGGCAACCUAUGUUUGUUAAAGAUGUUAAGAUAAAGAUGACAAAAGUUUUUGGCAUUGUUGAAAUUCGCCAUGCAGUUCUCGUUGCCUGCGCGGCUAUAUGCAUGAGUGACGCUGCAUAUGCCACGUCACAAUAUCGUAAUGGUAAUAUAGUUAUUCCUAUAAGGUUGGCAAAAAAAAAUUAUAUUUUACAUUCGAAGUAUUUUAAAGGCCAGACUAACAUAAUAGCAAGCGGAAGAUUAUAUAUACAUUUUUCAGAGCUAAUAUAGCCAAGAGCAGCUGCGAAAAGUGCAACUAUAUAUAUGUAGGAAUGCUGUGCUGAGUGGUUAUAUUACUACCUUAAAAAAUAAGCAGAAACUCGACGUUUCGAGCGAAGGCCCUUCGUCAAGAGUUAAGCUCGUCGAGUUUCUGCUUAUUUUUUAAGGUAGUAAUAUAACCACUCAGCACAGCAUUUCUACAUUGGUACUACCUACACUGGUAAAGACAGUUUAACUAUAUAUAGGCCCUCUAUAGCGGGAAUCGAAACAACAGAGGGUCUCUAUAGUUGCCAUUUUUGCAGCUGCUCCAGAUUUGGUGUGAAAAUUGUGCAUAAUCGUCCUUCAACAAAACCUUUCAACUGUUAGGGUCUAUAUCGAGCGAGAUAAUAGAGCUUAUAGAAUAGAGCGAGAUCUAUCGAGCUUAAAAUCUUGUUAUUUAACAUAAUAGUAAAACUUGAAUCUUCGAUGAUUUACUACAAUUUUGUGUGUAACAAACUACGAUUGUUCUUAGCACAGAUUAUAUUCGAAAAUUGUUCGGCAAUUCAAUUCGCUCAAUUUGUGAUAUCAUAAUGCGGGACGCUUGCGUGUAGAUGCAAGGUUUCACAAUACGAGGAUAUACUUAAGAUAGAAUCCAUUGGCUGUCAGAAAUCCGACAUGCAAAAAAGCUCUUCACAAUCUACUGCAUGCAUGGGAAAGCGUUGUUGAUCCGCGAUACUGUUUUAAUAAACUUACAUUGCAACGCUCGCGAACCUGAAGAGGAACACUUAUACUUUGGCAACGAGAUUGACGAGCGUCAAUCUUGAUAAUGAUCAGCAUGAAAAGUGUGUGAAUAACGAAAUUUAGAUACCAGGUAGUUUUCAAUAGUAUCCUUUAAAUAAUUUGACGGCCUCUUUCCUGAGCAUUGUCCUCGACCAGAAAAAUAUGACUGAGUUAAGACUGGAGUUCAAGAAAGCGCAGACCAUUGACCACGACCACAUCAUUCGAUAAGCUUCUUUUUUUCGACUGGUGGCUAACGGAGAUGAGCAAAUUAUCAUAGCAAAUUAUCAUAGCAAAUUAUCAUAAGCAGGAAACACAAAGCAAAUGUACAUACUACGAGAAAACAAGACUUCGCUAACUUUAGUUCCUUUGUAAAGCUUCUUCUCCAUUUCAAUUCUUCAGUAUUUGGACGUGCUGCGCAUCUAUUACCUGGACUGAGGGACGUUUUGGCUGCCAUAUAUAUUCUCGUAUACAAAAAUGUAAGAAAGAUGAGGCAAAUAAGUACUGCAACGAACACGGUAUAUUUCGACAACUUCUUAUUUGUAUCGACCAAUGUAGAAAAAAGUACCAAGAUCAGCAAUGCUCCACAACAUUCGUAUAUAAACAUUCGUUUUUUGGUCACAUGAACGCGAUGAAAGAUUGGGUGUACAACACCCAUAUAUCUCUCAAAACUCAAUCCACAUAGUGUUAUUAAUGAUAAACCCAUCAGGUAGUGUCCCAACGCGUAGUUUAGCCAACAUAGCAGUACGAUUUUAACACCGAUGAAGUCCCGGUCUAUUACAUAGGCAAUGUUUAAUGGUAUAGCUAUAAAUCCAAUUAUAAAAUCCGUUAUUGAUAGCAGGAGUAUAAGAAAAUAGCAAACUUUUUCUUUCAGUUGAGAUGUACGUAAGAUAGUAAUUAUAGAAAUGCCAUUUAGUAUCACUGUGGGAAUAAAGAACACGCCAGUGAGGAUACAUGCUGCGAGUUGAUUCUUGAUAUAAAUGCUGGAUGGUUCUAGCGCUGUAUAGCCGCAAACAAUAGACUCAAAGGAUGUGAAAUUUCUCAUAGUUCUAUAGCUUCGAAGAUUUUGAUGCCUCCAACUAAACAUUCACCUUGCUGGAUCAAUGACGUUCUUAUUUUUGAAAAAGCAUUUAGGGAGGAAGAGGAUAUUGUCUCGAGAACGAAAGUAGAACAAAAAUUACAAUAGUAAUUUAAAAGUCAUUAGUUUGAAGCAAUAUGCGAGUAAAUUGACAUCCCAUAAAUCUAUUACCUCGCAAUUCUACAUUAAAGUGGAAUCUUUCGAUAUUGUUCUGGUAUAAAACAAAAGGCAAUUUUAACGAUAUUUUAUGCGGGGCAAUAUUUUAGUAAAAAUGACGUCCCAUAAAUCAUAGUUUCGCUUAGGUAAUUCAUUUCCGUGCUUCCGCUAUAACAGCUGAUUAGCCUGCCUCCCUUCUCCUGCCCGCAGCACUUCCUCCCUUCAACAAACGACCGAUACUUGUCAACAGCUAGUGAGCUUAAGCAAGCAACGUUUGUGACAACACGGACGUCUCCGCUCGUGUGAUGUGUGAAAAACUUUCAAAAUCUUAUGUUUUGUAAUAUGUGUUGAAGAUUACCACAAACUGACUCUGAAAAAAAUAGUGAUAUCCAUACUAUGGAAUUACAAUUGCAUCACUAAGUAUGGAAAUUGCAAUUAGUAUGAAACUUGGAUUUCCCUACUAUGUCCAACGAAGAUCCAUGUUAUUUUCAUAGUAAGGAUUUUGAGAAAAUGACCAGUGUGACACAAACGUGGCUUUUGAUCCACCCCCCCCUCCGUAAUCCGAAGUCCGUGUUGAGUAAAGUUCUACAUGUAAGUAAAUUACCGUUAAGUUGUGGAAGUAUUGCAUUAACGAGUAUAGGUAUCAGAUACCUCAGCAUCAUAAACACAAACUGGUACGUUAUUCCUUCGAAAAGAAGUUUUUUCCGAAAUUCAUCUUCCCCUUGCAUUCCUUUUAAUUCACAUCGUCAUUCAAAUGAUUGAUCUUUAUUGUUGCCUGUCAAUAUUCCACUGAGAGUCUGCAUUCAAGAUAUAUGCAUUUCAAGCGGUGCAUUCCGAUGGUGCAUUUCAAGCGAUAGAUCACACACUACGUCACUACCACCAUCAAUUUCCACAAUCAAAGGCGGCCUUUUCAAGCCCGAAUGGAUCACUUCCCUUAUAGCGAUGCCCGCUGUGCAUGCCGGUAGGAAUCGUACUUGCAAUCGAACAAAAUGGCGACCAUAGGAGCGAGCGAAUUUUGUUUGGUAGAUGAAAUGGUAGAUUCAGUACAAACGACUGUCAGUGAAAAGAAAAUAUCUUAUCUUAAUUUAAAACGCGACUUCACCUGUUUUUGUUCAUGAGGUUAAUUUUCGCAAGAAUUUUUUUGUGAAACGUCUGCCAUCUCGUUCCAUUGUAAGGUGACGGCUCGUACCAUCAUGCAUAGCUGGCGUCGCUAUAAUGCAAGUCAUCCAUUAUUAUCUCAUGAUAACUGACGGUCGGCCGCCAUCCGCUACUGUUCAAUCCACCUAGGGAAUAUUGACAUUGUCAAAAUGCAAUAUAUAUAUAACAGAUCGAGCGCAAUCAAUUUCUGAAUAUAAAUAGAGGAUAUUACACGGCGGCGCGAAGAUAUGACUUUUAUCGUGGAGUGGUGAAAACAAUAUUUUAAGAACGAGCUCAGCGAGUAAGUAAAAUAUUGUUUUUAACACGAGAAGAUAAAAGUCAUACCUUCAAGCCACCGUGUAAUGUUAUGUUUAUUAUAUAGUCCCAAGCAAAAAAUUGUAUAAAUACUAUAAGUCACGUGAUGGAUAUCUUCACUAGUGAAGAUAUGGAAAAUAUCUCACUGUGUAUUUUUCAGUAUCUCACUCUCUACUAUAUAAUAAAGAGAGAUAAAUCAUUCUUCAACUGGAUGAUUCGUUUAAUAAAGCUCUUCUCAACAGCUUUGAUAAACAUCUAAUAUGACAUUUGAAAGUUUGACAUAAACAUAUAAUAUGACAUUUGAAAGUUGACAGUUUAGUUUGAUUUCAGUACCAGAAUGAAGUUCAUUCAAACGAUCUUUUACGGUCAGGAAAAAAUUUUCUUCCAUGACACGAUUCAGAUGGCCCGGCUCAUAUAUGAACAGCUUCUUGCCAAUUCAAGUUUGGAGUUGACCUGUGACUCCAGAAUUCUUAAUUCAAACUUUUUAAAGCGCAUCUUUUGACAUUUGAAUUUGGAGCUAACCCCUAAUGUUUACUGACACAAAUACAACGAAAUCAUUAUAAAUAACCAUUUUUAUUUCUAAAUAGUAUGGUUUUUAAUUUUUUGGAGAUUUUAUAGGCAUCUCGUUUCUGUUUUGCAGUCUUGAAGUUUGCCUGGCUUCCAGGCCAUCAUAUAUUAACAGACUGUGGCAGGUUUGGUCACCACAGUUAAGACCAAAUGGAAACAAGGCUUAACAAAAAGUUGUCGAUAAUUCUUCGAAUAUAAGAUUUUUAUUUCAUUUCUGUUAUACCAUCUCUUUUACUGGUGUAUAUAGUUUUCACAUUCAAUUUUGUUUUACAUACCUUUAAAGAUAUCGUGUUCAUCCGUUGUUGGUACCCCGUGAGUGUACCAAAAUAUUACAACCCUGUGACAUCACUGCUAAUGUCAUCUGAUGACAAAACUGGUUGGCAAGGUAUGAGAACCGUCGCUCAGAUACGUAAAGAUCGCGGUCUCGAAAUUCCUUUGAAUAAAGACUCUUUGUACAAGGUAAAGCCAUUCAAGAUGUUUUUCUUUUUCAUUUUGUUUACAUUUUAUUUGUAAAGUUAAUGAGAGUUGGCAAUCACAACUUGAUACAGGGGACAAUAGGCAAUUCCAGCUUUUAGUUUAUGCCUGCAUGGGAUGUGGGAAGUAAAGUAUCAUAUUGCCGAUUAUGCUGAAAAAUUUCAAUAAAAACAACCGAAAUAUUUCAAUAUUUAAAGUAUAAGCUAUCACUCCGUGUUUACACGGCCACCAUUUUUAUUUUUUCAGCAUAAUCACCAAUGUGAUACCUUACUUCCCAUUGUCCCCUGUACGCAUAAACUAAAAGCUGGAAUUGCCAAUUCAACAAUUGGUCAUAUCGAGUGAGAUGCUAAAAAUCCUGAUAUUUACCCAUACACCGUACAUUGGCAUCACCUUAGUAUUUAUGCAUGAGGUUAUGGUGAGAGCUCGACUACUCUCUCUGUAGCUGAACUGGUUAGAGCGUAGCCUGAGUAUCAACAGAAAUACGGUCGUACGGCGUGAACUUUUGUUAAUGUUUGUAUCAGGCCUAUUUAUUUAUAGGCCUGAUCGCAGGUUAGUUAGAGUGCUGCAUUGGAAUCGCAAGGCCGCAGGUUUGGUUCCCGCCAGAGGGCCUCAUGUAGUUGAAUUUUUCGCAACUGCUCCUAGUUAGACCUAGUAAAUGUAUAAAAAUUCCACUCAAAAUUUCCAUCUACAAUCCCUUCGGCAUUUAAGAAAAUAAAGAUUUGAUCUUGAAGUGCUCCAUAAAUAAAGUAAAUGAUAUAGUGUUGGGGAAACGAUAAGAACCGCUAACCAAGUUGCGUUACUGCAAACUCUCGUGCACACCUCAUUCCGUUUGAUCCGGGCUUAAGUUUCAAAUAACAUUUAUUUUUCCUCUAGCCAAUCGAGAGAAUGCCCAGACGGUUUAAUCCGUUGUUUGUUCCCAAACAUCUUCAAAAAGAUUUGCCUUUCAAAUCAAAACCCAAGCUGCAAACGAAACGGAAGAAGCCAAGUUUGGAAACCAAAAGAGCGGUUGUCAUGGAGCCAGAUGAGAAACGAGUAAGUGCGGUGGUGAAUAUGUUAUCAGGGAUAUUCUUAUACAGGAGUACAUGCAGAGCCGCCGAUACAUCCGUUUCAACGCACAAACAAAGUGACCAAAAAUUUCAAACAAUUUUCACAACUUUUUUUAUGUCAAGAAACUACAGUGUUAGGUAUAUGCAUACUUCAUUAGAUCCUGUUUAUGUGAUCCCCUCCAAGGCGGACAAGAUCCCGCUCGUAAUAUUGACUCUAUUGGGAAAGAUCCCGCUCGUAAUAUUGACUCUAUUGGGAAAGAUCCCGCUCGUAAUAUUGACUCUAUUGGGAAAGAUCCCGCUCGUAAUAUUGACUCUAUUGGGAAAGAUCCCGCUCGUAAUAUUGACUCUAUUGGGAAAGAUCCCGCUCGUAUAAUAUUGACUAAUACUCAGUCCGAGUGGUAGGGUACUGUCAAUAAAUGGGUUAACAAGGAUAACAAUAAUAGGAUAUUUCUGAAGGACUCGUUCAACACCCUGUAGUUUGUCUAUUGCUGUCAAAGGCAGCAUUACUGCCCUGUGGGUAACCUAGUAUUGACUCUAUUGGGCAAGGUCCCGUUCGUAAUAUUAAUUAACUUUAUUGGGUGCAGUUUAUAUGAUCUUGCUUCCAUCCCACUUGGGCGAGUUCCCGGCAUCUGUUGUCGGGAUUCUAGUUUUUAGGUCGACAUACUUACCAUUUCCAUCGCAAUUUUACAGAAAAGGCAAGUACAACGAAAUCACUCCUUUGACCUCCAGAUCAAUUCUUCGACAACUUUCGGAACACUUUGACAUCAAGUUCGUAACACAAAUGCAGGGGCGGAUCUAGCCUCAUGUGCAUGGAGGGGUGCAUGUUUUCCAUGGGUUGGUGCAUGAGAGAGCCUUACUGCCCACUCUCCUCUGCGCUCUGCAACGCUAUACUAUCCCGAUAUUAAUGUUAUUUGAGAUGACGUAAUCUGCAUGUUCGCCGUUCUGUUACUUACGUUUUACAUUAUCUUUUGUUUAGAAAGUUUAUAUCUGCUUUUUUAUCACGUAUGCGUGACUGGGCAAUUGCAGUAAAUUUGCUUGUUGAAGUACAGUAUAUUUGAGAAUAUGGCCGUAUACAAACAACCUCGACAUAUUUACAUAUUUAAACAUGCAUGGUAAUUUCCGCGUUAUUCGUCAAGAAAAUGUUUUUUUCCUUCCUGACAAAAGUAAUGAUUGGCCUUUAACUGUGGAAAGAGACACAUACAACGCCCUUUUUACCCUUUCAAAAAUUCUUGAAACUUUUGUGUAAAUUUUUAUUUAUUAUUUAGGCUUACACUUUGAUGCAGCAAUUGUACACGGCUAACAAGGAGAAACUUCGCAAGCGCAAGGAGAAAAUGGCGCAGAAAAGAACUGCUUAUUUGAAACAGAAAGCGAAAGACGAAGCGAAGAGAAACGUGCGACAAAAAGAAAACAGAAAAAAGAUCUUUCGUAUGUUAGGUCAGGCAGAAAAACGUAAACAACGGCGAGAUCGGGAGUGACCAUGCACAAGGUAUUGUAUCGUUGAGUGAAAAGCCUGCAGUGCGUGUGUGCAGUAAGCUGUCCGCGUAUCAAUAGAGAGCUUUAGAUUUGACUACUGUGACUAUGAGAUUUGUUAUUUGGAUACGCCAACUCAGUGAACUCUAUAAAAACUGGAACGAUAACUCCGGCUGUGUUUUUGAGGCCAAAUAUGGUGGAAAUUGAACCCGUCUUGUAGGUAUGCCGUAGCACCUAUACUGAAUUCAGUAGGAAAAAUCGGCAUCUUUCAUCGUCGAAAUUUCAUAAUUUACGAAUAAACAAAUUUUAGAAACACUUCAUCAUAAAAAGCAAAGUUAUUUGACGAGCGAAAAACAAGUUUAGAAAAACCCCCCGCGGAGAAACACAAACUUUUGUCUUUCUGAACUAUCUAUGAUGGAUUUGAACUGCAUGAUCACAUAAGAAUAUGGACUGAAGUUGCAUCAAUCUUACCUUUUCAUUUAGUUUUUAGUUUUUAAGUAUAUAUAGGGUAUUUAUUACUAAAAAUGAGCAUUUACUUGUAAGAAUUGAAAAACAUCGAUCGGAAAUCAUUUUUCAGUUCCCGCAAAGCCCACGCGAAGUACACGCGUGUUUUAUACCUACAAGAGAUUACUUUGUUGGCCGUUUACCUGGAAUCAAAUCAUAGGGCCGUUUACCUGGAGUUAUCGCCAGUAUUUGUAUAGAGUUCACUGAUAUUUGCAAACAACGAAUCUCGUACUCGCGUAGUCAAACCUAAAGUUCUCUACUAUGUCCACUCAGCUAUCACUUUCAAAGACUGAAGGAAAAGUAUAAAGUGGAAUGUACGUCUAAGUCACAUAUCUAUUUCCUGGAAGCGGAGUAUUUUACACAAAACACAAAUUGAAGAAUGAAGAGUUCAACUCUGAGCGUCACAACAGUAUGGAAUAUCGAGCUAUCUUCAUUUUAUAUGAAGAUUAUUAUCCAGCAUUAUUGGAAAAGUUUCAAGGUUUUAUCCUGAAGAAGGCUUAGUCGCUAUCGUCUUCGUCACAAAUUUUAAAUCGUUGAAAUAUCCAUGUCAUCAUCUUAUAAUAUGUAUAUAUAUGUACUGACAUGCACAAUAUAUAAUGACCACUGAAGAUGGAAACGGAACACAAGAUUAUGGAGGAUCAGAUUCGGAAGAUUUUCGUUGCUUUCAUGGGGAUGUAUGUCUUUCUCUGAAUAAAACCUAAAAGUAAAGAUCUUCUUUAACAGUCUUCGUCAUAUUUUCGCAAUUUUAAGUAUUCGAGACCGCUGAUUUCGAAACCGUUAAGUUCGAUGUCGUGACAAGCGAAUUCUGUAUCGUGUAACGGCUAUCAUAAAGUAUCCUUUAUCGCUGCAAAUCUGACAUUAUAGAUAAUUAUUCAUAAAACAGCUGUCUUAGCAACUUUCACGGAAAAUUUAAUAGAUUUCAAUCGUUGUUCUAAAGUAGAACUCACAAGAUUUCUUUAUUCUUUUUUAAUUACUAUAAUAUAUACGUUCUACAAUUUUUGGCACGCGAGCUCUGCUGUAAAUAUAAUAUUAAUUGAUUCAUGAAUAUAUUUGAAUGCAAGUUGGAACGCGUACUAACAGAAUAUGCUUUGCACACUCCAUGAUACUUUGCCGGCUGAUAGUUUCAACAAAUAUAGAAUUAAAAUUAUGUCUGGUCCCGAGGGAAAUAGUUAGUUUUUCUCAAGAUUGAGAUUCGAGGGGAAACAAAACUGACUAUUUCCUGAGGGAACAAAUAUUAAGUGUUUUGCUAUAUAUAGCGACGAAAGAAAAAUCAACAACAUUCAUUGUAUGACAAAAACUCUGUAGUGUAAACUAGUUUAAAAUUAAAAGAACCUACUUGAUGGUUUCAGCAGCAUAUCCUGUUGCCUGUUGUAUAUUUUUUCUUCUUUUUUCUUCUUUUUAAUUUUAACACAAACUUGGAAAAUCGUAGCUUAUAAACUUGCGAGUUGUGCCGCCAUUUUGUGUCUUUAUGCACGUAGCCGGUCGGGGCGGGCAACACUUGUUGGCCGGCGGGAUACAUUGCAUUUAUCUAAAGCCACGUGAUCACAAAUCAGCCAAUCACGUUUAGUGUUCACCCCAGAUAUAAAGUAUAAGCAGUUUUAAUAAUUGUGUAAUAUAACUACUGUAUGUAAUUUUAAUUUUACACUUCAUGACGUUAUACAAAUGCUUGAAAGAAAAGAAAGUAAACCUAUUUUACUGUACAAUAUAUUUAUUAUGACUCAUGCGGAAUUUGAACUCCCAUAUUCGGCGAACCAAGCUGAGGCUCUACCAACUGAGUUACCGAGUCAACUGGGAAGAGCACAAGUUCAAGUCCAUUUUCGAGCCCACGCGAUAUUCUCGCGAGUUAUCAAAUAUUCUUGCGAUGGCAGCAGUGUUUCAACUCUGUUUCAGAGUUAUCAUCGAGUUCAAAUCCCGUUCGAGUCGAUUUCAUGUUGACAACGUAGCCUGGCACAGGCCUUUGUUUUGCUGCCCGAAAAUUCGCAGGUGGGAUUGCUUGGAAAUUUUGGGGCAGCUAACUUUUAUGCAGUGGUUUGGUAUCAUUAAUAAUCUGCAGUAAAUAGGAAAUCCAUUUCCAC